AUGGAUAUAAGCUUCUCUACGAAAAGCAUCCAAAUAAAUGGAUGCCAACACAAGAUAUUACUGCAAAACCAAAAUGGUCCUUGUGCAUUGUUAGCCCUCGCCAACGUACUUCUUCUCGCUCCUCGCCAUGCAGCAGAAGUGCAGGAGCUAAUCUAUCUGGUCUCACGGAAUGAAUCGGUUGCCUUACAGGAUUUGGUUCAGGUGUUGGCGAAUAUUGGAAUUCAAAAUCAACACGGAGCAGACACUGAUGUUAGUCAAUUGUUGCAACUAUUGCCACAAUUGCAUACAGGUCUGAACAUAAACCCCAAGUUUAAUGGCUCCUUCGAAGACGGCGUUGAAAUGUCGAUUUUCCGGCUCUACAACGUCGCCAUUGUUCAUGGGUGGAUUAUAGACAGCGAGAGUGACCCAGUCGUCUAUGGACAUGUUUCCAAAUACUCGUACGAAGACGCACAAAAGGUCCUCAUCGAGGCCUACGAGGUGCAAAGAAACAACCUUCAAGUAGCCAACAGCGAGCAGGUUUUAGAGGAUGCGAGCUAUAUCAGGUCUUUCUUUGCUCGAUCCGCCACGCAAUUGACAGAAUACGGUCUGAGACAUCUACAGGAGGUCUUGGUUGAGAAAUCGUUCGCAGUUCUCUUCAGAAACGACCAUUUUUCCACGAUCUACAAGAACAACGGCGAGUUGUUCACUCUUGUGACAGACCUCGGCUUCAGGGACCGCGGCGACGUGGUCUGGCAAGCGCUUAAGUCGGUAAGCGGAUCCCAGGAUGCUUUCUACACUGGAGCCUUCAUCCCAACGAGCCUUGAAAGGACAAGAACCACAGCGACGUCGGGAACCCAAAACCAGCCGGACUCCUUCGUCUCCAAUCCUUUCAGUGACCGUAACGACGCCCGUGCGCCCGCUACCAACGAAAUACAGCAGAUCGAAGAUGAUGAAUUGCUCGCUAGGAGACUGCAAGAGGAGGAAGAUCGCGAGGCCGUCAGCAGUAUCCAAAGACGUCAGGACCAGGCAAUCAGAAAAGACAAGCAAUCUAAAGGCAAAAAAGCUCGCUCAAAGAACGGUGCUAAGCGUAGCAAGAAGGAGAAGCUCAAGCAGUGUAUUAUAAUGUAA